CUAUAGACUCUAGCUGCUGACCAGCACCUAUAGCAAAAGUUAUCAAGUCGGUUUCUACUUACCCUUGGUACUUCGCUUUCAUGAACCUCUCCGAUGGCAUCAGAGGCUUGAUGAGGGAGAUAGGCGGCAACGACAUCAUCGGACGCAACGGCCAUCCAAAUGAGGCUUAACCUUCAGCUCCCAAGAACUUUCGCUAUCUGCCUGCGAUUUGCGGGCUCCAUUUCAUCUUCAGACGGCGACUUUGUUUGCUUUCUUUGACACCUCGGCGGUUGCAUCGUUUGAAUUUGCCUGCUUUCUUUCUGGCGGCCGUCGUCUGCCUAGCACUAAUCCAACCCCGAUCCGCAAGAGUCCACCUGGAUUUUGAAUACGAUCGUCUUUCGUGAUCCAGCAUCCUCGCACACAUCACCGACACUGCAAUCAACUACACCUUCUCACCUCGACCAGCAUGCGCACUCCGGCCGUUAGAGCCUUGCGCAAUGCUAGAUUAUUGGCAAAGACUGCGAGACCUGCGGGCAGAAAAUAUGCCACUGUCAGAGAUCCGUUGCAAAAAGACCCUGUCGAAUUAGAUCAUAUUUCAGAGUUGCCGAAUGGAAUCCGAGUCGCUACCGAAUCGUUACCCGGUCCGUUCGCAGGUGUGGGAGUCUAUAUUGAUGCAGGAUCAAGAUACGAGGAUGCGUCGCUUCGUGGUGUCAGUCACAUAGUCGAUCGGCUCGCAUUCAAGUCAACAAAAUCCAGAACAUCUGAUCAGAUGCUGGAGUCUCUGGAGUCUCUAGGGGGCAACAUACAAUGCGCAUCGUCAAGAGAAGCUUUGAUGUAUCAGUCUGCAACUUUUAAUUCCGGCGUUCCCGAUACGAUCGCCCUACUUGCGGAUACAAUUCGAAAUCCCUUAGUCACAGAGGAAGAGGUCGCUCAACAAUUGGAGACGGCGGAAUACGAGAUACAAGAAAUAUGGUCCAAGCCGGACUUGAUCAUCCCAGAGCUGAUGCACAUGGCUGCAUACAAAGACAACACAUUAGGGAAUCCCCUUCUGUGUCCGCGGGAAAGGCUGUCAUAUAUCAACAGAGAUCUGGUCAUGAAAUACCGGAGCACAUUCUACAGGCCAGAGCGGACGGUUGUCGCUUUCGCUGGAAUUGAACACGACGCGGCUGUGCGGUUGACUGAGAAGUGGUUCGGAGACAUGCCCAGGACGGAGUCGAGCUCGUCGUCACAGGUCGACUCGCAAGCAAGUACCCCUGAGCCCUCGUCAAACACUCAGUAUCAGACCUCUCAGCCAUCAUCCUCAGCAAGCAAGUUGCUUUCCAAGAUACCAGGAUUCAGCAGCUUCUCUACGUCCGCCCCUCACCAAGCGACCGUCUCCCCUCUCGAACCUUCAUUAAUACAACAAGCUCCCACUUCUGUCCUCACUCAGCCGGCCCACUACACCGGAGGCUACCUGGCGCUUCCUCCUCUACCUGUACCUCAAAACAAUCUCUCUAUUCCUUUAUCGCAUGUCCAUAUCGCAUUCGAAGCUCUCCCGAUAUCGUCGGACGACAUCUAUGCGCAGGCUACGCUACAGACCUUGUUAGGAGGAGGAGGCUCUUUCUCUGCCGGUGGGCCGGGGAAAGGCAUGUAUUCGCGAUUGUAUACCAACGUUCUCAAUCAGCAUGGCUGGGUGGAGAGCUGUGUGGCGUUCAACCACAGCUACACGGAUAGUGGCUUGUUCGGUAUUGCGGCAGCUUGUGAGCCCGGUCGCGUCGGGCAUAUGGUGGAUGUUAUGUGCCGGGAGUUGCAAGCCCUGACGUUGGAAUCUGGUUUUCCCAGUCUUCAAGUCGCCGAGGUCAAUCGAGCCAAAAAUCAACUACGCUUCAGCCUGCUGAUGAACUUGGAGUCCCGGUUGGUAGAGCUUGAGGAUCUCGGCAGACAGGUUCAAGUCCAUGGCCGCAAGGUCGGAGUCAAGGAAAUGUGCGAAAAGAUUGACGCCUUGACCGUGGCCGACCUCAGACGAGUUGCUAGGGAAAUCUUCACCGGAAAGGUCGACAAUAAAGGCCACGGAACUGGUGCCCCAACCGUUGUUAUCCAAGAAGGAGAAGACCCGAGUGGUAGGAAGAUCAAACAAAUUCCUUGGGAGGAUGUCCAGUCACGAAUAGCAAGAUGGAAACUGGGAAGGAUGUAAAAUUCGACUCGAACUUUGGUAUAUAUACCAUUUUGUACUAAAACAGCAGCAGCCUUCUAUACAUGUCGAAGAUAUGUCAGCUCUAAUGAGAGAAAGAACC